GCGUCGCCGCAAUGGAGUCUGCUUUUAUGCUCUCCAAUGAAAAUAAGGAGCCCGGGCAGACGGUUUUCAGCGAGCAGGCGUUGCUCAACUGCCAGCGCGGCGGCUGCCGGGGCGGCUUCCCUACUGAAGUUUGGCGGGGCGCCCAGCGAAGGGGCGUGACGCUGGCCGCAAACUCCGCCUACGUCGGCCACCCUGAGCAGUGUCGAAACUUCCCCUCCAAGGCCCGCCCCACUAGCUUCUGCCAGAACCGACGCCUUCGCUCUGAUGCCGACAUCAUCGGCGUUGUCUAUCAGUUUGGACCGGCGGCCAUUGCAAUCAACGGUCACGCCCGGUCGAUGAAGCUGCUGCGCGGCACUUGGAACAACCGGGACUGUUCACGCCAUGUGGAUCACGUGGUGACGGUGGUAGGCUUCACGGAGGACACCUUCAUCAUGAAGAACAGCUGGGGCAAAGGCUUCGGAAAGGACGGCUAUCUGAUUCUGAAGCGAGACAACACCAACCGCUGCGGCAUCUACACCGAGAUUGAGUUGCCCUUCUUCAACGGCCAGGACAAGGGCUACAAUACAUAA